AUGCCUGGGACAGUUUCUGUGUUGAAGACCUCUCCUGUUCGGCUUGGGGAUGAGGUUGAUGAGUCCAAGGUGUACUUUCAUCGACUUUUCUGGACAUUUCCACCCUAUAUCGAGGCAUUUCAGCAUUGCAAGCCCCUCAUGAGUAUUGACGGUACCCACUUGUAUGGCAAGUAUGGAGGGACGCUGCUGCUGGCGAUAGCGCAAGAUGGGAACUCAAACAUCCUCCCGAUAGCCUUCGCCCUUGUGGAGGGAGAAAACGCAGAGUCAUGGUCAUUCUUCUUGUCCAACCUACGAGCGCAUGUGACACCACAGGAGGGUAUCAUUGUUAUCUCUGACAGGCAUAAUGGCAUUAAGGCAGCACUUGAGGUCCCUGAGACUGGAUGGCUACCUCCACGUGCUUUUCGAGCGUACUGUAUUCAUCAUGUGGCUGCGAAUUUUUUUCUUACCUUCAAAGGUAAGGAUGCAAGGAGGAUGUUGGUGAAUGCUGCCUAUGCAAAAACUGAAGCAGAGUUUUAUUACUGGUUUGACAUCAUGCGGACUGAGAAUCCGACAAUAUGUGACUGGGCCAACCAGAUGGAAUACGACAAAUGGACCCAACAUGAGGAUAGUGGUAGACGGUUCAGGCACAUGACAACCAACAUUAGUGAAUGUGUGAACUCCGUGUUAAAGGGAACUCGCAACCUCCCGGUCACAUCGUUGGUUAAGUCAACUUACGGGAGGCACCAAUCGGAGUACACUGUGGCCGAGACAACACCGACCAGAAACUUCUCGUUGGGUAGCUACAGAGUUUCCCUUAAGGAUCACACCUGCGACUGUGGCCACUUUCAAGUACUCUAUUAUCCUUGUUGCCACGCCAUUGCAUGUUGCGCCUACUCGCGCCUUAAUUGGGCGUCAUAUGUUCACGAGGUGUAUCGUAUGAGUGAGGUGUUCAAUGUUUACAAGCAGGGUUUUGUUCCGCCUAUCCCAGAAGGCCUAUGGCCCCCAUAUGCUGGGCCAACUAUCAUUCCUGAUCCUAACAUGAGACGUGCAAAGGAAGGUCGUGCGAAGAUAACCAGGAUCCGUGGUAGUAUAGAUCAGUCUGUGGAGAACCAGCCGAAGCGCUGUGGGCUAUGCCGUCAGCCUGGGCAUACGCGGAGGAACUGUGACCAGCGAAGACAUGCUGCUGGAGGGGAUGCUUAG